GACACGGUGGACGCUGAAGUGGGCAUGGAGGUGUCUGUGCAACAGGAUUUCUCCCCGGAGCUCCAUGACAACACUUCUAAGGCCUACUUGGAUUUCAGCAACACCUUCAGGAAUCAGAUGCAGAAGAUUUACCAAAAUGUGCAGGGCUUCAAGGAAGUGAAGAUCCUGUCUCUGAGGAGUGGCAGCAUCGUGGUGGACUACUUGGUGCUGCUAGAGUUGCCCUUCAGUGGCCAGCUGGAGAGCGAGUACGAUCAGAUGAAAACAGCCCUGGUGGAGAAGCUCCAGAACGUCAGCCAGGACCAGGACAGCUGUCAGAAUAACCAGUCCCUGUGUUUUAAGCCUGACUCCAUCAAGGUGAACAACAACACCAAGACCGAGCUGAGCCCGGAAGCCAUCUGUCGGCGCGCGGCUGCCCAGGGUUAUGAGGAUUUCUACUUCCCCUUGGUGGAGGAGAACCGGCUCCGCUGCGUCACCAAAUGCACGCCGGGAGUGAAGGGUGCCAUCGACUGCAACCAGGGCCAGUGCCUUCUAGAGAAAAGUGGUCCUGCUUGCCGCUGCUUUUCCACCGACACUCACUGGUUCUCUGGCCCGCGCUGCGAGGUGGCAGUCGCCUGGAAGACUCUGGUCGGAGGCCUCGCGGGGGCUGCUGCGCUGCUGUUGCUGCUGGUGGCGCUCAGCGUCUUCCUGCGCUCCCAGAGGAGGCGCGGCCAAAGCCGAGGCUGGUCCUGGGAAGACGACGACAGGAAAUGGUUUGAGAUGUGGGAUGAGGACACUGUGGGGACUUUUACAAACUUGGGCUUCCAGGACGACGGAACAGUCAAGGAGAAAGACGUCCACGUGGCCUUGGAGAACGUGGACACCAGUGUGAGGGUACACACCAAGAGACCUGAGGUGUCCUCACUGUGAGCCCUGCACUACUCCCUCUACCCUGCCCAGCCGGAAUGAACCAUCUAUACUGCGUCCAUUUCAAGAGAUGGCCCAGGUCUCAUGCAGCGCGGUCUCCUGGUUUCCUUGGCAAAAUCAGGCUGUUCUUUGGCCCGUGUCCUUCUCGCAACUUGGGUGAAACCCACCUGAAGACCCAGUUCAGAUUUAGGCUCUUCCACUCCGGAACCUUGGGCAAGUCAGUAACUUCUCUGAACCUGUGGAAUAGGUAUAGCAUACUUGUUCUGAUACCUUGUAUAGUUGUGAAAACCAGAAGUGUUCGGUCAAUUCUCUGUCCCAGUGCACCUUCCUGUGUCAGCCCUCAUGCUUGGAUGGCCUCUGUCAGAUCUCCAGACCCCACAGUCUUCUCUGGGUCUCAGGCCUUAGUCUCUACACUGUGCACAUCCCGACCGCCUGUUCCUCACCCUACACCUAAAGCUGGCCUGCAGCCCAUCCCAACCUCUGCUUAUGUAAUUCCCUGCCAUACUCCUUGCUCUCAUUCCUUAUAUUUUCUUCCCCUUUGAACCCACAUUUUAAACUACUGCCCCCUCACAUCCCAGGCCCCAUCCCUGAUCUCCCCAGUGUCCAUAUUCUCCCUUUCCCUAUCCUUGUACCCUCAGCUCUGAGUCCUUCCUCCCCACUCUAGUGCCCCGGUCCUAAAUCCUCCUUGUCCCAUACCCCUCAUCCUAGCUCGGUACACAUGCCCCAGCUGUGUUCCCCAGGCCCUGGUCCUCUAUUCUGAGGCUCCAUCCCUUCCUCUCAUCCCCAGAAGCCCUGGAUCCCUGUGGGUGGAGGGCGGGAUAUAGGUUGUCCCAGGUCCUCAAGGACGGGGGGAA